CGACAACGCGCUGAACUCGGAGCAGAGAUCUCGCGGAGUAUUUGCAUAUCCAACUUAUGAAAAAUCUUACUGAUCAACUUUACUGUUGAUUGUGAUAAGUAUCAUGUAAUUCUCUCAUUUUAUGGAUAUCUGUUUUCAUAUUCUAUUUCUCAAUAAUGCUUGAAUCACAAGCAUGUGGUUUAUAUGCUGCAUCAUCUGUAUACUUGUUUAACGGAUCACAUGCUCAUAUUUGUCAUGUUUUACCUGAUUUAUUUUACAAAUUACGCUAAGGUUGAUGGAAUAAAUUGUGCUUUUGGUUUUCAAGCACACAGUGAUGGUGUCAGAAGUAAACAGUGCACUGCUGAUGUACGACAUUGUUUGAUUACACUCAGUCGUGACUCUACAAAUGAACCUUAUAACCCACAUAGUUUUGAUUGUUGGCCAUGGCCAGAAUUGGAAAACAAAUGCCCUUCUGUUGAUGGAGUAUGCCACGUUCUUCAUAAGUCUAAAGAUGAUUUACACGAAACUUGUUGUUGUUACGAUCAUAUGUGCAAUAAUGAAACCUUGAAAAUCAUCCCUAUGUCUGAAGAUCUUGGCUCAGGUGAUCAUCACAAAAGUGGUCUUGAUCACUUUGGUUUACGAGUUCCUGACAGUGAUUCAAAUGUUAUUGUAGCAUCUCAGGACUUUCCAAAUUCGGAUGUUGUUUCUCCUCAGCGUUCAGAUUCUUACGAAGAUCCUUCAGAUAAACGAUUACAAUUAGAUGCAUUAAGAAUAUUUGUUAUUUGUGGAAUAUUACUGUCAACUAUAUGCACAGUCAUUUUACUUGUGUUUUGUUUAUCUCCUCGAUAUAAAAAAGUUCGGAUGAAAUUUUUCCUUGCUUGCAAUCAUUCAUCUCCAUCUUCACAAUAUUUUCAGAAUAGUUUAGACAAUCGUGUUCAUGGUACACUAUCAAUUGUUGACUGUUUUCAUUGUCCAAAAAGUUCGUCUUUCAAAUCAUCUUUUGCCGGUGAUUGUGUUGUGACUUAUCCUGUACAAAAUUCUGAGAUUUCACAUCACAGUAUUUCAAACGGUGAUCAUUUACAUCCAGGUGGUUCAUGUAUUGAAUCAUUAAGUAGUGGAUUUGUUUUCUGUGAUAUAUCGGAAACUGAAUCAUCGAAUGCUAAAGAAAUAACUAAUUUGCAGCUUGUAGCCAAAUUAUGUCAUAAAGAAAAAUUAAUUGGUCGUGGUCGUUUCGCUGAAGUAUGGCUUGCUAAUAUUCCUUUCCCAUUAUUUACACAUCAAUUAAAAAUAACUGAAGAUUUGUUAAAUUAUCAAAACAAUAAUAAUAAUAAUCAUGAUGAUGAUGAUGAUGGUAGAAAAUUUCAUCAAUCAAGAUCAAGAAAUGGAUCUUCUAUUAUUCUAAGUCAUAAUUCCAAUAGAAAUAAUUCAUCUUGGCAUUUGUUAUGCUGUCAACAGGAUAAUAAUAAUAAUAAUAAUAAUAGAUGCAGUACAACAACAAUACCUAAUAAUAAUAAUCUAUUGAAAUGUUUCAAUACAUCGAAUAUAACAACAACAACAUCAUCAUUUAAUUUUGUUGAUAGUCAUCCAAAAAUUUCUUUGGAUUAUUUAUACAGUGAGAAGAGUGAAACUUCAAUCCCAUUGAAUAAACAAAUGAAAAAUUAUUCAGAUGUUAAAGAAAAUGCACAUCAUACAGAAACAACUACCUCUCCUUUAUUACUGUCAACGACAACAGUUUCAUGUAUUGAUUUAAAAAAUAAUUCACUAACAAAUAGUUUCACCAUGAAUGAUGAAUACCUUAUACCUGUGGCUGUGAAAACAUUCACUGCUAAUGAAUAUGAUGCAUGGAAAACAGAAUUGGGAAUUUUUAAAGCUAUUCAUGCAAUCAACAACAACAAACGAUUACCUACAAUUAUUUCUAGUACUACAACUAGUUCUGUUGCUUCAAGCAUUAUCAAUACAAUAACAACAAUGACUACGACAACAACAGCAACUACUGCUACUACUAAUACUACUGCAACAAUCACUACUACUACUACUAAUAAUAAUAAUAAUAGUAGUACUGCUACCACUGACACUGUCAAUACAAUGAACGAUGUAAAUUCCUACAGUAUUCAAUGUAUACAUCAAAUGUUAAGACAUAUUGGGCAUCCUAAUAUUGUUUUACUAUUAGGAGCAGGAUCGGUUCAACUUUGUCGAUCUACAAUCACAGAAUAUCGUUUGGUUAUGGAAUUCGCUUCAGGUGGUUCAUUGCGUCAACUUUUAUCCGAAGGUAGUUGGUUAUCAUUCAAUCAAAUAUUAAAAAUAGCUGAUGAUAUUGUACAAGGUUUAGGUUUUCUACAUAGUGAUUUAGUGAAUAGACAACAAUCCAAUGGUCAUCAAAUAAUCUAUGGUAAAUGUCCAGUGGCUCAUCGUGAUUUAAAACCGGAAAAUAUAUUAAUACGUUAUGAUGGAACUGUUUGUUUAUCGGAUUUUGGACAAUCUGUAUGUUUGGCAGAGAAUCCACCGAAUAGUGCCACAUCAACUAAUUCAUGUACAACAUCAUUACAAGAUGUGUUAACUACAACUUAUUCAGUUAGUUCAGCAUUGGAAUCUAUGCCAAAGGCUGGCACAUUAAGAUAUCAAGCCCCAGAAAUUAUUGAUGGUGCUAUUUCUUUUACUGGAUGGGCUUUAUUGCGUACCGAUAUCUAUUCUUUAGGAUUGAUUUUAUGGGAGUUACUUACAGCUGUUAUUCUACCUGUUGAUCAUGAAAAUACUGUAGAAGGCAAUUAUGAAACUGACAAUAUUGAUUUUAAAUUAAUCCCCUCUCCUACAAAUACAUCCCCAUCAAUUAAUUCAGAUUUAUGUUUGAUGAAUGGUUUACACUCUGAGUUUGACCAUUUGGAUCCAUGCAGUCCUGUUAAUGGGAAUUAUCAUACACCGGAACAUAGAAAAAUGAAAAAACGGCAUCACUGGUUACCGUACGAAAAAGAAUUGGGCUCUUUGUGUAAUUCGUCGGUUGCUUUACAACAGCUUGUCUGUCAAAAAAAAUAUCGUCCAGCAGGUCAUCUGUCAUGGUUUCAUUCAACUUUGAUCACUCAUUUUUAUCGUACAAUUAAUGAAUGCUGGGAUCAUGAUCCAGAAGCACGUCUUACAGCUGAUUGUAUUUUAAAACGUAUUCGAUUUUUAAAAGGUCAAAUGAUGAACAAGACGAAAAAAUCCGAUAUACAACAGUAAAAAACAAUACAAUUCAUUCUAUUCAUGUAUGUGUGUGUAUGUAUGUGUGUGAGUGUAUACAUGGUUCUCAGGUUGACUAAAACAGAAAGAGGAGAUAUAUAUAUCAUUGUUGUCAGUCAGGAUGAUCAUCUUCUUCUUCUCUAUGUGAGAACACACAACCAUUGUCUUCUCACUUGUUAUUUAUACUUGUGUGUAUAAUAAACUUUUGUCACAUUGUCUUGCUGUCUAUUUCUUCUUGCAUUACUUCAUUUCAAUUCUUCUUCAUGUGUUCUUCUUUCUUCUAUCUUUGUUAUUGUUGUUGUCGUUGUUGUCGUUGAAAUCUAUAUUCAUUCCAUUGUAGGAUGCGAUGUAGUAGGUGACAUUUUCUCACCUCUAUUUUAUUGUUGAUUUUCUAAGCGGAAAACAUUCCUUGCCUUUCUUGUUUUGUUUUUCAUCCUGUUCAUUUUCUCACAGUACAAUAGUACUAGUACUUGUAGUAGUAGUAGAAGUAGUAAUAGUAAUAGUAGUAAUAGUAGUUGCCUUGGCUAUUUCAUCUUUCAAUAAUGUAAUCUCAGCUAUAGAUAACAUAACUUAGGUAAAUAACCUACCUCCAGUGUAAAUUCUUUUCUUUAACUAACAAACAAUUAAUUCAUAUUGUUUAUCAUUCUUCAUCGUCAUCAUCAUCCUCCUCCUCGUGGUCGUCGUCAUCAUCAUCAUCAUCAUCAUCAUCAUCAU